CAUCGAUUCCAAAAGUCCAGAUCUGGCGAAGCAUGUAAGUGGAAAAAGAGAUGACUUUGUCCUCAUGCCUUAUAGUUGCUUGUUUUUUACUUUGCAAAUCUAUCCUCUAUGAAUGCAAACUUUUGUUUUGAAAUGGGAACUUUUAUUUUGAAAUGCAUCCCAUUCCUUAUUUUUGUUUUAUGCUAAUCAAGAUCCAUGUUGUUGCAAAGCUGAAAUAGUGCAUCAUAGUGCCUUACCUCCCAUAGUGGCACAAUCUGGCCUUGCUGUCUGUCCGUGCGCAUUUGUAUAAUAAAUAUAACGUAUUACUUUAUGUAUUGAUAGUGAGUAGCUUUCAUAAUAAUCCAAAUACAGAUAUUUUUUGGUGCGUAGUUAUGAUUUAAUGAAGCACUGUAAUUUAUCACACCAUUAUCAAAGCUGUCUGUCAAACCCGUUUUCCCGAACCUCUAGGCAUGAUUUAUUGUACUCCCAUGCUAUUAGCAAUGUACUCACAAGUAAUGAUGACCAAUGGAUGGUGCAGUGAAAGGUUUGAUAAAAGCUACCCAUUGUUCAGACAUACACAAUUAUAAUUAUAUGUGCAGCUAGCAGUUUGCAUAAUACUAGAAUAUUCAUCAUUAUUUCCACAUUUGUCAUGACUAUAUUUUCUUGUUUUGUACUCGCUUUUGUGUUAAUAGCUCUCUCCUCUCACACAAAAAAACACUUACCUCUUCAUCUCUUUAUUUCUCUACCACCCUCUUCUCCACUUCUCUCCCUCUCUCCUGUUUUCUCUUGCCCUUGUUUUGAUGAUGGUGUUGUAUGGUUUGAGUCUUGUGCCUACAUGAUAUGCUCUGUUGUUGUUGUUGUUGUCUAUGAUGCUGCCUGGUGUACCCCUCCUCCUCCUCUUCCUCCUCCUCUUCCUCCCUGGAAGCCCUCCGACAUUGACGACUUCUUGGGGCAGGUGUUCUGUACUCUGGGAGAGAUCGUAGGAUCCCCCGCCAGUCGACUGGAGAAACCCCUGGGUGGUAUCCCUGGGAAGAAAUGUGGCACCAUCAUCCUUUCAGUCGAGGAGCUGGGGAACUGCAGAGAAGUUGCCACCAUGCAGUUCUGUGCCCACAAGCUGGACAGGAAAGACUUCUUUGGGAAGUCGGACCCCUUCCUGGUCUUCUACCGGAGUAACGAGGAUGGAACGUUUACUAUCUGCCACAAGACGGAGGUUGUGAAGAACACUCUAAACCCAGUGUGGCAGGCCAUCGCCAUCCCUGUCAGAGCACUGUGCAACGGAGACUUCGAUAGGACGAUCAAGGCAGAGGUGUACGACUGGGACAGAGAUGGCAGCCAUGACUUCAUCGGUGAAUUCACCACCAGCUACCGAGACCUGUCCCGAGGCCAGAGCCAGUUUAAUGUGUACGAGGUGGUGAAUGCCAAGAAGAAGAUCAAGAAGAAGAGAUACAUCAAUUCUGGGACGGUGACCAUGCUGUCGUUCGCGGUGGAGUCAGAACACACAUUCCUCGACUACAUUAAAGGAGGAACUCAGAUUCACUUCACGGUGGCCAUUGAUUUCACAGCAUCCAAUGGUAACCCGUCCCAGUCCACCUCCCUCCACUACAUGAACCCGUACCAGAUGAAUGCAUACGCCAUGGCCCUGAAGGCUGUAGGGGAGAUCAUUCAGGACUAUGACAGUGACAAGAUGUUCCCUGCUCUGGGCUUCGGAGCCAAGCUGCCCCCCGAUGGACAUGUGUCCCACGAGUUCCCCUUGAAUGGCAACAUAGAGAACCCUUACUGCAACGGAAUGGAGGGGAUUCUAGAAGCAUACCAUCAGAGUCUAAAGACGGUACAACUCUACGGACCCACCAACUUCUCUCCGGUUGUCAACCAUGUGGCAAAGUACGCAGCGGUCGUACAAGACGGCUCUCAGUACUUUGUCCUGCUCAUCAUCACAGACGGAGUCAUAUCAGACAUGGCCCAGACCAAGGAGGCCAUCGUCAAUGCUGCUAAGAUUCCUAUGUCUAUAAUCAUUGUUGGAGUUGGACACGCUGAGUUCGAUGCCAUGGUGGAGUUGGACGGUGAUGACAUCAGAAUCUCCUCGCGAGGGAAGCUAGCAGAAAGAGACAUUGUACAGUUUGUCCCGUUCAGAGACUACAUGGACCGGACAGGAAACCACGUGUUGAGUAUGGCCCGGCUAGCCAAAGACGUCCUGGCUGAGAUCCCUGAACAGCUCAUCCUCUACAUGAAGAAUAGAGGUAUCAAACCCUGUCCCUUGCCUCCACCCAAUGAGGAACCAGGCCCUGAGGACCAGGACCACACCCACCCCUAUCUGAGCCCCACCCCCACUCCCAUCUGAGGCUCCAACCCUGGGGAAGUAGUUUCAGGGUAGGGUGGGUGGUAGCCUGGAUGGUGCACCCCCUCAUGGAGAAACGAAAUGUGGAAAUGCUUCAAGGCACAUUUUUCUCCUUCUUUACAUAUUCGUCUGGUUGUCGUGCUGAACAAAUAACACUCUAUUUUCAUUGGAACGAGACUUCAGAAAGACUGCUUUGAGCAACAAAAAAAGCUGAAGAUCGGGGAGUUUUACUUUUGAGUUUCAACGCCUGAUUGGGAGGGUGGAAAGGGGGAUAAGGAAGAGAGGAGGAGAAGAAGAGAAGAGAAAUGUAAAGGAAAGUUAAGGCGUUAGAUGUCAAAGUGGUGACGUAAUGGGUAGUAUACCCUGAGGUACAGAGGGAGGUUUUUUGAGGUCAUUAUUUAUUAGAACGUGCCAGUCAUGUUUGUGCAUAUGAUACCUUUUAGAGUGGUUGUGUAUGUGGGACUAAGAAAUCCUCUGUAUAAUGAUUUAUUUAUUAUAAAAACUACAGUAUUUAUUCAUGGGGGAUGGGGAUCCUCAUAUUUUCCCAUUCCAAUUGUUGGGGUGAUCAAUGCUAUAAAUAAUUGUUUAUUUCUACUUCAAUUAGUACUGUAAUAUAAAGCAUGUUUAUAAUUAGAUAAUGUCCAGCUGUUUAGGAAUAGUUAGGAAUGAUGAAGAUGAGUUAUUUGACAUGUUUGACUGUAACAGUUAUUCAGAGGACCAGCUGUUUGUGUGACAGUUUACCUUCAUGCAUCAUAUACAAAACUUACUCACCCUACACAUAUUCAAUGUGUAUCAAUAAAAUGCACUAUAAAGGCCAAAUUAAAAGCACAAAUAUCAUAUACAAUGCAUUGAUACUGAAGUAUAUAUCACAAUUAUAUACAAGCUAACCAACAGCUACCACAACAAGAUACAAUGGAAAGGACUGUUAUAAUUCAUUUCUUCCAGUUCUAGAAUAUCAUUGUUGAUGAUAAUCUAUUUACUUGACAUUCUACAUUCUUUAAUAUUAUAAUUCAUCUAGUUAUGCAUGAGCGUAGCCACAUCUUCAAAGGCCUGGAAAUUACAUGUCAUUUGCAUAGUAUUUACAUAGCAUUUACAUAGUCGUAGUAUGUGGAGGGAAUGCCAUGUCGUUUAUAAGAUCCUUCUCAUUAUAUUUGCUGUGGUCGAUGUUGUCGUUUCUGUUUUGAUUGUUCUUCAUCCCUUGCGCACACCGGGCCAUGGAUAUUAGGGCAGCGGGUGUAUAACAGUGAGAAUGUACUAAAAAGUUGGUAUAAUGUUAGUUUGGUUUCUUCAGUUCGAUGUCAAGUCAAACGCAAUCCUUUUUUUUGUUGGACUAGAUUGUUUGUUUUUGAAUCGUAUGGAAAAUACUUUGAGAACGGCAUAAUAGAACAAUUGGAAGUAUUGUAGUAUACUGUAUAUUAAUUGUGUUUAUAACAAGUCAUUAAAAGGGAGUCGAUAUAUAAAAAGCAACUGCACAAAGAGCAGUUGAUACCAUGAACAAUCUGUUUUCCUCACUUCAACUGGAAUACUGAUAGAUUUCCAACUCGCUGCCAGGGAUGUAUUGACGUCUUUAAUUGAAGUUAUUGAUGUAUAAUGUGACCGACUGGGGUUCGAACCCGGGUUUGCUAAGAACCACAAGACUGUAUUAGCCCGCUAAGUUAAACCCUAGCCAUUAGCUGAAGGGGCCAACACAAGUCUUCUCGUUUCAGACAAGGUUACUCAUAACACGAGCCUGGUUCUGAACUGCCUCUGUUACACUGUGUGUAUCAAGACAACUUUCAAUUGUUGGUAUAAUGCCAUCUAUGACUUGUUGUUAUAUUGCCAAAUUGAAGUUAUUAAAGUAGUAGUUUCCUGAGCGAACAGCAGAGCAGCAUAACCACACAGCAGAGCAGCGUAACCACACAGCAGAGCACUAUCACCACACAGCAGAGCAGCAUAACCACACAGCAGAGCAGCAUAACCACACAGCAGAGCAGCAUAAACACACAGCAGAGCAGCGUAACCACACAGCAGAGCACUAUCACCACACAGCAGAGCAGCAUAACCACACAGCAGAGCAGCAUAAACACACAGCAGAGCAGCGUAACCACACAGCAGAACAGCAGAACCACACAGCAGAGCAGCGUAACCACACAGCAGAGCAGCAUAACCACACAGCAGAGCAGCAUAACCACACAGCAGAGCAGCGUAACCACACAGCAGAGCACUAUCACCACACAGCAGAGCAGCGUAACCACACAGCAGAGCAGCAUAACCACACAGCAGAGCAGCGUAACCACACAGCAGAACAGCAGAACCACACAGCAGAGCAGCAUAACCACACAGCAGAGCAGCAUAACCACACAGCAGAGCAGCGUAACCACACAGCAGAACAGCGUAACCACACAGCAGAGCAGCAUAACCACACAGCACAGCAGCAUAACCACACAGCACAGCAGCAUAACCACACAGCAGAGCAGCAUAAUCACACAGCAGAGCAGCGUAAACACAGCAGAGCAGCAUAAUCACACAGCAGAGCAGCUUAACCACACAGCAGAGCAGCAUAACCACACAGCAGAGCAGAGUAACCACACAGGAGCGUCAUUGGCUCUGUCUCUUCAGUCCGACCGGGUUAACCUCCCAUAGAGGGGACACAGCAGAUGGAUAGCAUCUGUCUGCACUAGUGAUUGCCAAGUCUUUUUCUACAGUGGAAGGAAGUGUGCAUAAUGAUGUCUUCUUCUCUCUGUUUAAAACACAUGAAAUUGCCUUCAUGCCAAUGCAGUCCUAUACAAUAUAGACUACAGUCACAAAACCCAAUAUUUUCUCACAGAUAGGUCUGUGCAACAAUGCAGCAUCUCAAAACAAAUGUGUCUACCGACAGUAUGGAAACGGACUUUUGCAUAUCCAGAUUCGAUUCUCCUUUUUUCCAUUUUUGUGAGCAACCGUUCCCUUCCUUAUAUUAUAUUAUUGAACAUAUGAUUCCUAAUGUCUAGAAUGGUAACCAUUUCAUAUGUACAGUAAAGUCAACCGAACAAAAAAUAUAUACUAUUAUUUACUAUUAUUAUUAUUGCAUCUUAAACAACAGAUAUGCUGUAUGUUCCUACAUGAGUGCUAUUGUGCUUUUGUAUUAAUCGAGAACGACGCCACGGAUCUAUUGGAGUGAUGUUGUGGCAGUAUAAUGUUCGUAUGACAGGGUUUUGCUAUACAUUUUCAAAGUUAGCAUUUGUUUACAAUUUAGAUAGACUUGAUUGAAGCUAUAUUUACAUCGCCUCAAGGCUAUGAGCUAAUAGUUAUGAAAAAGUGUUUGUUGAUCGGUCUCUAUUUCGUGUGCUGGGCGAUAAUGGACGCGGUUUGAGCGUAGAGCAAAUGAUUCUGAAGAGAUAGGUAAUUGUAGUUAAAGAUUUUUAUUGUUAUUUUGUCAACUUCUGUUAAGAUAUUUUGUGUUGAGUUAUAACAAAGCAAUCGUGUAAGAGUAUGUUGUUCAAAACCACUUUGAAUCCUAACUGUGUACACAAACCCCGUAAAACGACUGGACUUGAUAUCCAAAAAGAUUUCAAAAGAUGUUCUGUUGAAAUUAGCCUCUUUAAGGAAAUGUGCAUGUUUGUGAUCCCUCCUCGUUCCUCUCACCUUACCGAUGGCCUGUAAUAGACAGGCACUUCCUGAGUGAGCCAUUUGUAUUGUAAGAUGAUGAUGAUGAUUAUAUCUAGGGUAGACUGCAGUCAUCUAGCAUGUUGCAUCCCUGCUUUUCCCUUUUGGUUUGUUCCUAGAUGGGUACUGCGUUUGGUUAUCCUUAUUUAUUCUCUGCCCUUCCGGGGGUGUUUACAGCAUACUGUAGACAUAGAAUGGCAUGUCAUUCUAUGCCAUUGUAUAUCUAUGCUUUACAGUGUGUACCUCCCUCUUGGUCUCUGGUUUGCAUGCUGAUAAUGAAGAAUACUUUUCCAAACCAGACAUUGGACAUAAUUGUUGUCAUUCUGUGGUUUGUGUAAAAUGCAUUGUAAUGGAUUGCCUUAAUAAAGUGAUUGAAGAGUAA